GCACUAUUAUUUUUUAUUAAUAGUUCUCUCUUUCGUGAGAGUCAAAUUAAGAGUUUUUAAAUUUCUCCACCGAUAACAAUCAUCAAGAAGAUAACAAAAAAAACAUUUAAAUUAUAUUCGCCAUAUCAAAAACUCUUCAUAAAAAAUACACUUCUAUAAUUUCAGGGCUAUCUGUUAUCAAGACUUUUGCCAUAAUAAUAAGACAGCUUCUGUCGCGAUAACAACUAUACAAAGAUAUGAAUGAAAAAAGUGGUUUCGAUAGGGUUUUAUGGAAUUGUCGUCCGGGUGUGCCAAAAGACUGAUUCCAAUACCACCUGCUAAUAAUGUUGGCAUUAUCGAACAGACCAUUCGAUUAAACGGUAUUGGUAAAAUGAGAGAAACAGGAUGUUGGUUGAAAUUCACCAGCGCAUUAGCCGAAGAAUUUCAAGUCGAUAAUUUUCGCUUGAAUCAUUAUCCAGUUGAAGACUUUUAUAAAUCUCAAUGGCAAACUAGGGAAAGAUCCUUCUGGUAUCUGCUGUAUCGAUGGUGUGUGGCUUUAUUUUAUCUUGGUUCUAUUCUGGCUUGUGCAAUACAUCAGUUCGACAAUGCAAGAUUUUUCAUCUAUUUAACUGAUUGGGGUUUCGUCUUGUGCACGAUUGCCACCCUUUAUGGAGCUGUUCUCACAACGUUAUGGCAUUUUGACAGAGUGGAUGCCUUGGAAGAUAGUUGGGGCAUUAAAUUAUUUUGGAUACUUCAUUGGUCUGCUUUGGUGCUAUCAAUAGUUAUUUCUUCGAUGUUCUGGACCCUACUUCUUCAAGUUGACCCAUCCAUAGCUGGUGAUCCUUACAAUCUUCUCCAACAUGCAACAAAUUCAAUUGUGAUGAUAAUAGAUCACUUUGUCGUAAGAUUCCCCUCACGUAUUUUACAUUUUAUCUAUCCCCUUGGAAUCGGUGCUGUCUACUGUUUAUUUUCAAUAAUUUAUUAUUUUGCUGGAGGAACUGGAGCAUAUGGCGCUUCAAAUUCCAUUUAUCCAAUUCUCGAUUGGGGAGGAUCUCCAUUAAUAGCAUGUCUUUCAGUCCUAACUGCUGUACUUGCAUGUUUUAUUUUUUCGUUCAUACUAUUUUGGCUUUAUAAACUUAGAGUUUAUUUGUGUAGAACUUUUUCAAAUACUCAAAAACCUCAUACGAUACACUAUUAAUACAAGUUGUUGUUGUUUUUUGUGUUUAUUUUAAUUAGUUUUUAGUUUAGGAAAUUUUAAACCAAUUUUAAAUAAAUUUUAUAGUAAAUUUUUGCGAUGAAUAAAGAUGAAUUUGUUAUUUGUUUAA